AUGUUAGCGGUAGGAAUCGUAUCAACUGAUGAAAAUGUUUCACAAGCUCCGUCUCCGGUUGAGUAUUUUUACACUUCUCCGUCUACGUCCCCUUCGCCAGAAGUCAGUGAUGUCAAUCACGACGACGUAAGUGGAAUGGAAGAAAAAUCCUCUGGAGGUGGAAAAAAAGCUGGAAUCGCAUUUGGAUUGAUUGCAGCAGCGAGUAUGGUCAGCGUUGGAGGAUACAUGUUGAAGAAACGGCGAGAUAACAUUCGUCGAUCACGAUUUGAAUACGCAGCCGCUGAGUUUUUCUGA